UAAGAGGACAGUCAGAGCCUUAUUGGCAUAUUUUCCACAAAGGCCUCCUUGGCUGUAAUGUCAACAACUGGCUCCAUCCAGCUCAGCAAACAGCAAAAGUCAGUGACAGGAAGAGAAACGCCCAGUUGCUGCUGCAGGCGGGGUGAGUCUCUGAACUCAGGAAAGUGAAACUAACCCAGUUUCACUGCCGGGAGGGAGCCAUGGCUGCAGAGAACCCCAUGGAAAGUCUCCAGGAAGAAGUGACUUGUCCCAUCUGUCUGGAGUAUUUCACAGAACCUGUCACUCUGGAGUGUGGGGACAAUUUCUGCCGAGCCUGUGUCACCCAGUGCUGGCAGGGAUCAGAUACAGACUUCUCCUGCCCUCAGUGCAGAGAAACUGUGCAACAGAGAAAUCUCAAGCUGAACAGGCAGCUGGCAAAUGUCCUAGAAAUAGUCAAACAGCUGAAUUUACACAAAGCAAAAGGAGCGGGAGGGGAUGGUGUGUGUGGGGAACACCAGGAGCCUCUCAAACUGUUCUGUGAAGAGGAUCAAACCCCCAUCUGUGUGUUGUGUGACAGAUCACAGGCUCACAGAGCUCACACUGUGGCUCCCAUAGAGGAGGCUGCCCAGGAGUACAAGAAGAAAAUUCAGACCCAUUUGAAGACUCUGAGGAAAGAGAGAGAAAAGCUCCUGAGACUGAAUAUGAUUGUAAAGAAUAGAAUCCAGGAAUAUCUGAAACAAACACAAACCAAGAGGCAUAAGAUUGUGUCUGAAUUUCAGCAACUGCAGCAAUUCCUGGAGGAACAAGAGCGACUCCUGCUGGCCCAGCUAGAAAAGCUGGACAAGAAGGUUGUAAAGAUACAGAAUGAAAGUACCACCAAAUGCUCUGAGGAGAUUUCCCGUCUCAGUGAGCUGAUUAGUGAGAUGGAGGGGAAGUGUCAGAAGCCAGGGAGUGAAUUCCUGCAGGAUGUCAGAAGCACCUUGAGCAGGUGUGAGAAGGGGAAGUUCCAGCAGCCGGCAGAGAUUUCUCUUGAACUGGAAAAGAGCCUGAGUGAUUUCGCCCAGAAAACUAUUGCUCUAAUGGAGACGCUGAGGAAGGUCAAAGGGAUUCCAGCUGUGUGUUGCUGCACUUUUUAAUGGCCUCUGUUUACUGUGUGCCCGCCAUCUCUGUCGGAAAAGAUGGAUCCUGCCCUGCUGUGUAUUGUUGUGGUCACUUUUAUGGACAUAUCGCGGAUGGUCAUGCAGUAUAUCAUGAACUCCCAAUCUGAAUAGGAAUCAGAAUUGCUUGACCUGCUGUGUGCCAUGGAAGGAAACAACACCAGAUUACUUUUGCAUUCACGGAAUAGCUGCGCACAGUGGACCAUCACAUCUGGGCUCGGGAAACAAACACAGAGUGGUGGGGUCGCAUCAUUAUGCAGGUCUGGGAUGAUGAGCAGUGGCUGCAGAACUUUCAGAUGUGGAAAGCCACCUUCCUGGAACUGUGUGUGGAGCUCACCCCAGUACUGCAGUGCAAGGACACCAAAAUGAGAGUUGCCAUUUUGGUGGAGAAGCGCAUGGCGAUCGCUGUGUGGAAGCUGGCAACUCCAGACUGCUACUGGUCAGUCGUGAAUCAGUUUGGAGUCGGGAAGUCCACCACUGGGGCUGCGUUAACGCAAGUGUGCAGGGCCAUUAAUUACAUCCUGGUUCAAAGGACUGUGACUCUUGGCAAUGCGAGUGAAAUAGUGAAUGGCUUUGCGGCAAUGGGAUUCCCUAACUGCGGUGGGGUGAUAGAUGGCACACAUAUUCCAAUUUUGGCACUGGACCAUCUUGUGACAGAGUACAUCAAUAGAAAGGGGUGUUGCACUUCUUUAUGGUGUUGCAGACGCUUGUGGAUCACCAUGGGUGUUUCACUGACAUCAAUGUGGGGUGGUCCGGGAAGGUGUGUGACGCAUGCAUCUUCAGGAACACUGGCCUGUACAGAAAUUUGCAGUCAGUGGGGGGAUGUUGAAAUGCCCAUAGUGAUCCUGGGAGACCCAGCGUUCCUCUUAAUCCUAUGGCUCAUGAAGUCUUACAUGGGAAACCUGGAGCACUUCAAUAAUAGGCUGAGCAGGUGCAGAAUGACUGUAGAAUGUGCAUUUGUCAAAUUAAAAGUGCACUAGCCCUGCCUUUAUAGCAGGUUAGACCUAAAUGAGGAAAAUAUUCACAUGAUCAUAGCAGCCUGCUGCGUGCUCCAUAAUAUUUGCAAGGCUAAGGAUGAAAAGUUUCCCCAGUGAUGGAGCACAGAGGCGGAUCGCCUGGUGACUGAUUUUGAGCAGCCAGAUACCAGGGCUCUUAGAGGGGCACAACGGGGGGCUAUUCGAAUCCAGGAGGCUUUGAGACAACAUUUUGACAAUGAGCACCAGUAAUAUGUCUAUCUAUACAGCACUCUGCCAUGCUUUGUUAACUUGCCACCUUGCAUGAAAAUAGCAAUGAUUCCUGAUUCGGAUUUUUACUCAGCAAAUGAUCAAAUUGCCACUACGUAUUACUACCAGCAGCAAACACCAUGUCUAGGAAACAAAUAAAG